AUGGCAGCCAUGACAAGACUGGUGAAGAAACUGGGCUUAGACCAUGCAGCUGUAGCUUAUUCCAUGACCACACUAGGGUCGUGUAUGAUAAAUAAUAUAUUCAGCUUUUAUUAUGUCAAACUUUUUCUGAAUAAAUACAAGAUAUCAGAGGGAGCCUUUCACCAGUCACAAUUGGUCUACAUGAUCUGGAAUGCAGUGAAUGAUCCCCUUUUUGGCUACCUGCAGGAUAACUCCAAAGUUCCAUGUUGCUCUAAACGGCGUUUAUCCAUUUUAUAUGGUGCCCCUCUGUACUCCUUAGCCUUUCUUCUGGCAUGGUUCCCUUGGCGCUCGUAUUCUCCUGUCCGCAUUGUUUGCAGAAAUAUCAAAUCAUCACCAAAGUCGCCUCCGUCUUGUGAAAUACAGUCAGGUUGCUUCUCUCAUCGGCUCAUCCAGCAUCCUCUUUUGUGGGGUGAUAUCUAG